AAAAAAAAAACAGGCAGGUCGCACACCUACCACCAGCGAGACGCCGCGCGAAACAGAGUCUGCACGCACGAGUCUCGCUCGCGUUCGUGGUGCACCGCAGAGGCUGAUCCACCGAUGCAUCGCGAGCCGCUCGUGCGAAUUUCACGUUGAACUCGUAGACGAUUGUGUCGCGGUGAAAAUCGGAGCCGCGCGUGUCUGUGUGCUUGUGUGUGUUGUAUCGUCAUAAGCUCGCGCUUCGCUGUAUACAUGCACAUUGUGAUUUGUGACCGCAGAGUUUAUAUGUAUGCGCGAUAAAGGGACACGAUUGUUGAUUUCGAUCGCGAGGACCGCGAGUCGCAUCGUGCUUCGUUAUUAACGCAUAACAGAGUGUUCGCCGUCGAUUGGUACACCUCGGCUGAUUGUUGCGGCGAGGCUUUUCGCGACGCUGUGUGCGCGCCUGCUACGCCUGUCCCGCGAGUCGAGUCAACUGGUUAUGCACCGAUGGUUCUACGUCAGUCAUAACCUAGAGUUUUGUAUGGUGGAUAACGAAGUGCGUGGAAAAAUCUCGCUCUGCUGUCAAGAUAACGAUGCCCCGCGAUUCUCGCCCGCAUCCCAACAACGUUCGGAUCAGCGAGAAAAUAUAUGCCAAUUGUUCAUCUAUGUGAUCUAGAGUUUUAAGAACAUAAAAAUGGUUUCUACGGAAUUUGAUGCUGAGGCAUUUGAGAGGAAACUCCAAUCAUUGAAAGAUUCACAAGAAUCUAUUCAAAGUCUUUCAGCAUGGUGUCUUGAAAGACGAACACAUCACAAAAAAAUUGUUGCAACUUGGCUACAAGUACUCAAAAAAGUUAAAGUUGAACACAGACUGACAUUAUUUUACUUGGCAAAUGAUGUAAUACAAUACUCCAAAAGAAAAAAUUUUGAGUUUGUGGAAUCAUGGGGAACUGCGUUGCAAAGAGCCACCACUAUGGUUCGGGACGAAAAAGUGAAACACCGUAUAUUAAGAAUUUUUAAAAUUUGGGAUCAGAGAGGAGUUUACGAUGAAGAGUUUUUGGCAGAUUUAUCUGGUCUCAUUUCUGCAGCACCAAAGAAAAAAGUUGAACCUCAGCCUGUGCAACCAGAAGAAUUUCAAGCUCCACUUCUUAUAUCAACUAUGAGAUCAUGUGCUACACUGGAACAAGCCACUGAUGCAAGAUUGAGAGAUCUUAGAGAUACUAAUACUGAUUUUAAUAAUCUUGAAGAACUACGCUCAUCUUUAAAAGAUCGUAGAAGAGUAGAAGAUGCAGAAAAAGAAGUUGAUAUUGCUACUAAAAGCAUAGAAAACUAUAUCAAAGCUCUGGAGGCUGAAAUUGGAGAAAGAAAACAAGUUCUUGACUUAUUAGAUCAAGCUGAUCAAUUUUAUGAAACUCAGAGAGGAGAAGUAAAAAUUGUUGUGAAUGCUUAUAGAAAUUUUGGUGGAAGAGUCAAAAAUUUAAAGAAAAAAUUAGAUGAACUAAUACCUAUGUUAGCAUCACCGCUUCCUUCACCUGACAUAAAUGCUCCCUCUCCAAGCCCAGACAGUGAUAUAGAACUUCCUGAAGAAAAUCCAAUGAACCAAUCUUCUUUGAUAAAUGUUGCUCCACCUACUAUGUAUGGAUCUUUCAGUCAAGAUUAUAAUCCCCUUACUGCCCUGAGUAAUAACUCAUCAGGAGAUUUCAGCAACAAUUUUUCUUCAUUUAUGGGAGGGAACAUUGAUUUUGAUGCUAGAAAUGUUUUCAAUGAUUCUUCUAAUAUAUCCAAUAACAGCAACCAGUAUGACUCUAUAGAUAAAAUAGAUGCAAGGAAUUCUUUAGUACAAGAUAAUUCUAAUGAACCAGUUUCCAACUACUUAAAAACGGUGCUACCUGCAAGUGAUGAAGCACCUGCUAUACCAGGGCUUGGGUUAGAUGUUGGAGACAUGAUGUCUGAUAAGAGGCCAAUCCAAAAUGAUUAUCGUCCUCCACCUGUUGUAGGCAUGGCACCAACAGUUGAUAGAAUGAUGAAUGUUCCUAAUGCACCCAAAGGAAACUUGAAUCAAAUUCACAUGAGUCAUAGUACACCAUUACAAAAUCGUAUUAUAAAUGGUGAAUCGCAUACUCCAUCUCCAUACUCUAGUGAAAGUAGUCAAAACAACACAUCGAUACCACUAAAUGCAUUUGACUCAGCACCAAAUCCAAUUAAUCCCCUUCUACCUCCCCCCAUGCCCCCUAUAGAAUUUUUGGAUGAUAACACAUGUUAUAACAAAUUACCUCCUAAAUUCCCUACAUGGACUUUUGCCAAUGAAGCCCCUAAAGAAAAAGUGGUAUUUCCUGUACACAAUGAUACUAAUCCAAUUUGGCCGGUUCAAGAUGGUAAACUAAAACCUUCAUGGAAUGAGUCGAGCAACGAUCAAUGGAGCCUCAACAACAGCGAAUCAGCUUGGAAUGAAAGUAUGGAUGAAAAAAAUAUGAUGCUCUCGGAAACUCCUGAAUCUCCACCAAUGUACGAAAAAACAAGUUUUAACACUCCUUUGGAAUACAAUGACUCACAAACACAAGAACCUCUACUUAGUAGUAUUGGAGACGUUGAUCAUAGGGUUUUGCCGGUUUCGAUGAAAGCUGAGAAAGAUAUGCCGUAUCGUUUGAUAAAAAAUGUUGAUGUCGACCAUCGGAAUCUUAUCAGUCUUACGGGAAGUCCGGCAAAUAAUAGUAACGAUGCACCAUCGGGAUCUUCUAAUAACUUGUGGUCAAAUAUGGAUCAGGAUUAUAGAAGACCGAAUAUGCAAGCUCCCGGCGAUAAUGUAGAAAGUGUUGACAUGGAGAUGUCGGAUGAGGAGGCAGAGUCGAAAAAAGCUAACAGAGUAUUAGUAGAUUUGCGAUCUCAAGAUCGUGAUAUGCGUAUUCCUAAUUUACCGCCUGUGCCACCUCCUUCUGGAAUGUCACGAUCAAACGUAAAAGAUAUGGAUAUGCGAACAGCGCCGACCGGUGGAUCAAGAAUGGGUAAUAUCUCGACAGAUUUGCGAGGAGUAGAUACCAGGCCUCCUCCUCCUCCGCCAUUGCCGCAAUUUCAGCAAGGACAGUCGAAUUUCCAUCAAGAACAACAAGAUUUUCGAUCCAAUAAACCCAUGGAUUUCCGGCCUAAUCAUUCGUUUCAUCAAAAUACACCAGACUUUAAACCCAAUUUUUCUCCAAAUCAGCCACAAGAUUUCCAUCAACACCCUCAAUCAAAGGAAUUUUUCGAUAAUCAAAUGGGAAGGGGUGGUGGACCCAUGCCACGGGGCCGAGGACGAGGAAAUCCAGCGUUUCGAGGAUCCGGUGCGCCUGGUGGCAGUCCACGGCCACCUUGGAUGGAUAGAGGCGGCCAUCAACGACAGAUGCCCAUGGGAAACUUUCAACCGACGUCUCCGGGCUCGAAUCUCGGACCUCGCGGUAUGAAACCUCACAGAGGUAGCCCUUUCCGUGGAGGUAACAUGUAUAGAGGUAGAGGCAGGGGUGGUCAAAACUGGUAGAAAUUAUUUAUAAGCUGAAGAAGUUGCAACCGCGAUCAAGAUGUCAGCAAUAGAAGCGAUGCGUUCAACGAGUGACUGCUACUCGGCUUCAGUUGGAUAUGUACACGCUGUAUAUAAUCCUUGAUAAUUGGUACAUAUUCAAAAAAAGUUGUGAUUUUACAACUCAUUUAUUGCUCUGUAAAUCAAAUGUUUAUGGUUAAAAGAUGCUAUCACUAGUCGUGUGUAACUAAAACAAACACAAUGCCUUUCUACAAAAUCUUAAUUUUUCAUUUUUGGUUUUGUGACAAAACCAAAUCACCCAUCUUUAGCUCCACUCUACUUUCUUUCGCUCAAUAUUAUUUUAUCUUAAUGAUCAUUUCGAAGAAGCCAAAAUGUUUUUAAAUUUAAAAGUUCAAAUGUCCAUUGAAUGUUUCUAUAUUUAAAAACAUUUUUCUUUGAUGCAUCAAUAUUGAAAUACGUAUUAAUGUUAUAUGUAUAAAAUUAUGUUUUGAAAUCAAUUUACUUUAAUUCUACUAUACGAGUAUUGACUACUAAUACGGUAGUUUGAAAAAUCAUCUAAAAUUCGUAAGAAUUGUGAAACCAGUACAGCCAAGUAACAUGAAGGAGCUAAGUUCCAAUGUAAAACAUGUCUUAUUUUUUUGCAAGUUUACUAAUUAUAAUAAGAAACGACGUUUUGUGGAUGUAAAUACAUUUUGUCAGUGACAAAUUUUUGUAAAUAUCGUACCGAAAGAAUGUUAAUGCAUCUAGGUAGUAAUUCUAAGAGUUGUUAGUCAUUGAAUUAUACCAAUACCGAUGAUGCAAAUCGUACAAACUUCUUAAUAUUGUAAAUGAACGUUUCAUCACAUUAGUCAUUAGGUCUAUCAUUAUGCCUUGUUCAGGAAUGAUGGUUUUGUUGAUGGAUAAUAUAAGAUAUUUCAUUUUUUGAUUUAGUACUAAGAUAUUAUUUAGAAGUAAAUACACCUUGUAAGUUUACUAUAAGGGGUUUUGCGCAAUUCAUUUUGUUAAUGAUUAUUCAAAAUGCAUGAAACUUCUAUUUGUAUGACUGAAUUUUAUGUUUUGUAAACUACUGUAACAUGAAAAAUUGAAUUUUCAAAUGUUUAUUGCCUUGAGAAUGUAUCAAGCGACAAACCUUAUAACUUAUAAGUUAUCGUUUUUAAAAAACGAAUAUGAAUUUUCAAUUCAUACAAUACUUUAAUUUUUAAAAACUCACACUAGUAUGAUUUAAGUGAUUAUACUUGCAUCUUGUAAAAUAUAUUUUUCUGUCACUUCUCUUGAUCAUUUAGCCAGCAGUUAACUGUAUAAAUCGAGAAGAAUUCCAGACAUGUGGCGUGAUUUCUUGAAUAAAUAUUCAAUUCCCAAAUGCGGUCCUUACAAGCAUCCAGUUUUUACAUCAAGAUUUCCGUCUAUAUUUUGAAAUUUAUUCAGUGAAGUUUUCUCAUUGUGAUUUUAUUUUGACUCAUUGUUUUGUCAAAAAAAUUUUAAGCUAGAAAAGCAUUUUUAGUCAAUCUGUGAUAAACGCGAUUCAACUCGAACGUGAAAUUUAACACAUUUCUUGAGUAUUAUUUGAAAGAGUCCGAGAUACGAUAAUUAAUUUUAACUUUUUAUUUCUUUGCUUGCCAUUUUCUUAACUUUUUCAAGCGUGACAAUUGUCUCUUUUUGUCAUUACUACACCAAUAUGUCUGCCAAGUUUCCUAUUCCGAUGUGCAGUGCAGAUUUCCAAACUUCUAGAGAAAAAAAGUGAACUGUAAGUCCAAGAAUCUUCAAUCUAUUGCGGAUAACUCGACAUUAUAAAUUGUGACAAAGUUUUCAGUCAAAAGUUAUUUUCAAUGUCAAGUUAUUUACAAAUGUUCGUAAGAUCAUGUCACGGGUUCAUAUGGGCAUGAAAAAAAAGAUAUUAAAAUUUUUAUUUCCAUUUCAUUUCAUUUUGAAAUUACAUACCGAAAUCGAAAAAUAAAUUUGUCUUGGAAAAUCUCAACCCACUCAUGAAAUCUAGUCGAGAAGUGAUUUAUUUGAAUAAUCUUCAACGUAAAAAUCAAUUUUUAUGGGUUUUGAUUCAUUCAUAAUUACUGUACGAAAUUAAGUGUUUUUCUUUCAUGACAAAUUGCGUAAAUUUUAUCAGUUAUAGACUUUUUUGUAAAUAUCGAGCUUGCCAUUAUUUAUCAAUCAAUAUACUCGGACUCUUUCGAACUUGAUAUCACGACGAUUUGAACUCGCUCCCUAGAUAGUAGUAAUUAUUAAAAGUGUAAUUCGAACUGCGAUUCGUGGAAAAAUCAAUUCCUCAUAAGAUAUUAUUUUAUAUCGACUGCGUAGACUAAUUAAAAAAAAAAGAAGAUAUU